CAUAUUUUUUCAUUGCAACCAUUGACUUCUGUUCUUUUCAUUUCUUACUCUUAAGUUUGCCUAUCUUUGAUCAGUCUUCUUGUUUUUUACUUCGAUUUCUUCCUCACCUUUUCAAUUCCCAUGGCCACUGCUCAGGUUGUAUCAGCAAAGACAGCCCUCCCUGUGGAGGACACAACUCAUGAGGAACCAAUUAAGGCACAAGAAGUAGUGACAGAAGUAGCAGCAUGCGCAGCUGAGGCAGAGGCUGUUGCAGAAGAGCCAAAGGAGGCAGAGACUGUUGUGGCUUCUGGUGAAGUUCCUAAGGCUGAGGCUGCAGAAGCUGAUGAAACCACCCCAGUUGAGGUUGAGACAAAGGAGGUGAAGGUGGUGGAGGAGGCGAAGGAAGAUGUUGUGGCCAAAGAAGAAGCAGAAGAACCAACAGUAGAGAAGACUGCUGAGCCAGCACUUGUAGAGGAGACUAAGGAGAAAUUGAAUAUUGACGACUCUGCUGAGGCUCCUUCUGCCGAACCAAUUGCCCCGGAGCCGGUAUCGGAACCAGCGGCUGAAGAUCCUAAAGAAGAGGUAGUGGUUAAGGAAGAAGAGAAGCCUGAAGCUGUUGAGGAAGAGAAGCCAGCUGCUGAUGCUGCCGAGGAGAAAGUUGUCAAGGAAGAGCCGGUGGAGAAGGCUGAGUAAAUUUAAGUUGUAUUAAUUAGUGGGUAUGUGGGGAUUGCUUGCAUGUGAAGUGAUCGAUGUCUUUAGAAUUUAGUGGUCUAAGAACUUAAAUAAGGAGUAAUUAGGGAAAACGAGGUGUAUGGAACGAGAAAUUAUUGAUUGGUACGGAUACACCAUGUCAGCGAUGUAUUUUCCACUUAGAUGUAACCAUGCUAGCUUGCCAUAUAUAUGGUAGACAUGCAUGUUAGAUCUUAGAUUUUCAUAUAUGCAUUGGGGUUUGGUUGAGUUUCCAAGUUAAAAGCUAAGACCCUUUUGAAUUCUAUUGUGGUGCAUGUAUGUAUGUUUGAUAGAAGAUCAUCAUGGGGAUGAAUGUGUUGCAUUUGAGUAAUAAGAUCUUUACUUGGUUGAUGAAAA